AUGAAAGUGCUCAGCAGGUACAACAAAGACUUUUAUAACCAGCCCCACUCCUCCGCUCAUGUUCUCCAGCAUCAAAUUAUGGUUGCUGAGACGGUGAUACCGGUGAACUACCCGGCCCUCAUCCCGCUGUCGCCCUCCGUGGCGGGCCGGCUUAACACGUGCUCGUCCUCGCUGCUGCACGCGGCCAACUACUCGCCCCACAUCAUGGACUCCAAGGCCUCUUCACAGCUGCAGCAGCCUCAGCAGCAGCAACAGCAGCAACAGGCUGCCCAGCAGCAGGCUCAGCAGCAGGCGCAACAGGCGCAGGGCAUGCAGGGCGGGCAGGACACGCCUGUAGGCCUGGGAGCGCCCGGCCUGAGCAUUCCCUCCACACUGGAGCUCGCCGCGCAGUUGCGCAAGAAGGAGAUCUUCACACAGCGCAAGCAGCGCGAAUUCAUCCCCGAGAACAAGAAGGACGAGUCCUACUGGGACCGGCGGCGCCGCAACAACGAGGCGGCCAAGCGGUCCCGCGAGAAGAGGCGCUUCAACGACAUGAUCCUCGAGCAGCGCGUCGUUGAGCUCUCCAAGGAGAACCACGUGCUCAAGGCGCAGCUCAACGCCAUCAAGGACAAGUACGGCAUGGGCGAGACGCUCAUCAACAUGGACCAGGUCAUCGCCAACAUGCCACAGACGGAGCAGAUCCUCAACAAGCGGACCAAGUUCUCGCAGGCGCUCAUCACCCUGGGCAGCCCCCCCUCCGUCACGUCGCUCCUCAGCCCAACGGCAGCUGCGCCUCCAGCCCUCCCCCAACGCCCACUUCCAGGACCCGGAGUCCCCCUCGCAGUACUCCCACUACGCCCCGCCCGCCCAGAUGGACGACCACGAGGCUCCCUACGACGCGCCCUCGCAGCAGUACCCCCGACGUCAGCGAGCGACCUCUACCACAGCCAGAACGCCCUCAACCUGUCCGCCCGCACGUCCACGUCGUCGUCGUCGCACUCGCCGUCGUCUCACAUGGACUACUCGCCCAGCGACGUCGAGCUGUCGCGCCGCUCGCCCGUCAGUGAGGCCGGCUCGUCGCUGCCGCACAAGCUGCGCCACAAGAGCCACCUCGGCGACAAGGACGCCGCGCAGUCGCUCCUGGCGCUGCAUGGCAUCAAGACGGAGCCACAUGACGCCCACCACGAGGCCGCCGAGGACUCCGUGGGCUCCUCGGACGAGCGCGACUCCGGCAUCAGCUACUCCUCCUCCUCGCCGUGCUCCGACUACCACCGGACGUCGGACACCAGCUCCUCGCCCAUCUCCAACAGCAGAACACAGCCGAGCCUGCCCAUGCAGCACUACCAGCAGCAGCAGCAACAGCACCACCACCACCACUCCCACCACCAUCACCAGCAGCACCCACAGCAGCAGCAGUCGUCCCCCCCACAGCAGCAGCAGCAGCACGGGGACCCCGAAGACAGCCUGGAGUACGAGAACACGCACCUCAGAUCCGAGCUGGAGCGGCUGGCGAGCGAGGUGGCGACCCUCAAGUACAUGUUCGUGCGGCGACCGCGAUCGGAAACGGACUCGGACGGGUCGCGCUGAGGACGCGGCCGCGGCGGACACCUUCUCCCCUCCGGUGUGUGAAUGCGUGCAAAAGUGAGAGUGGCUGUGAAGUGGGCGUGCGAAACGCGCCCAAGUGACGUGGGCGGCCCGUGACGAGUGUGAUAUUCACACGACGGCGGACGGACUUAAUGCCCGGGACUCGAGAGCGCCAGAAAAGGCUCCUCUCGGCUAUUUUAUUCUGACUACUUUUAAUUAUUCAUAAUAUUAUUAUUAUUGUAUACGUCAAGCAGAUUGUACCUAUGUAUUUUCUCUGAACUUAUACAGACUGUAAAUACUUUUGUGCCAUUAGAAAUUAUAUGUUUUGUGAUCCUCUUGCA